AUGAAUGACAAUGACGUUCUAAAACUGGCCCACGAGAUCUUCUUCAAUAACCAAAAAAAGAAGUUCGGUCUCGAACAUGCCUGGAACGAGCUUCGCAACGACCAGAAGUGGUGUGAGCUCGCUACUGCUAAAACUGAUACCAGCUCGAAAAGGAGGAAGUUUGCCGACGGUUCACAUUCAGGAGCAAGCUCGAAAGUCAAUGAAAAUGAGGCUGCUGUAGAAGGAACAUCUCGUCCCCCUGGUGUUAAGGCUGCAAAAGCCCGUGGGGAGAAACCAAUUACUGAGGGGAAAGACGUUGGUGAGCUUCAGAACAUGUUAGUUAGGAAGGAGAAGAUGUCGAAGAUGAAGCUUCUGGACAGGCUCAUGGCUAAACAAGAACCUCUAGAUGAUGAUGAAGUAGCUCUGAAGAAGAAGUUAACUAAAGAGUUGUUGCUGUCUAAUUAG